UUGGUCUAGUCAGAUCUGUAAUCACUGUUCACAUUUCCUGUCACGUGUGAAUCGUAUGUGUUUCUGAGGUGCACACGAUAUAGAUCCCCAUUACAUGUCAAGAUUGUUGUGAAGGAGCCAAAUUAGUGUAUUUUCAGUCUAUAUAAUAUUUGUGCAGAAUGAAAUCCGUAGUAGAUUGUUAAAUGUAGAAAGAGGAUAAGCCAGUUUAGCACCAAGCAUGUAAAACUUGUAUGCAAAACAUCCAUGUAAUUAUAAACGUGAAGCCUAGAUACGCCCAAGUUGUAUAACAGUAGUUAAAACACAAUGGAUCCCCGAUACAGUGCCCAGGACGUGAUGCGCUGUGACCUGUGUGACACUCCUGUCCCCCCGAUGUACUGCGACCUUUGUGAGGUCAAACUCUGCAAGGCCUGUGUCGGGGAGCAUAUCUCAGAUUUAUCUAUAGAACAUAAAGUUGUGCCAUUCAUACAAAGGCUCUCCACUCCGAAAUGUCCCAAAUGUUCAAAACACGAUAAGACUUGUGAGCUCCACUGCGAGAAAUGCGAUGUACCUGUCUGUGUUGGCUGUCUGUCGUCAAAUUCCCACAAGGGACAUGCCUUUCUGAACGUUCUAGAAGUCCUGACGUCUAAAAGCAAGAAAAUGGAGAAGGAUAGAAAGGAGUUGGAAUACGAUAUUGUUCCGAAAUUUGAGGAAGUUCUUUCGGAAUUUUAUGUCGUUAAAGAAUCCUCGUUGGAAGAUUGUAGAAAACUGACAGCAGCUGUCACCAAACAAGGCGAAAUCUGGCACCGAGAAAUAGACAACAUUGUCAACCAACUUAAAACUGAAAUUGAGGAGAUGAAAAUUAAACAGUUAAACACAAUGGAGAAACAUGAAGCGGAAAUAAAAACACUUAUUUCUGAAGCAAAACAGAGUGCUCUCGAUCUGAAAAAAUCGCUCAUGUCCAAAGACGCCUCUCUCUCCUUAUCAUACGAGUCAAAAAACACUGAGUUCAGUAGAUUGUGCAGACUUCCCGACAUGAAGAUAUCUUUGCCAGACUUUUCACCUCCACAGAUCAACACAGAGGAGCUACGACAACUGUUUGGUUCCCUGGAAGAUACAACAGUACCAGAUAUUCCACCCAGAAAAGCGACAACAGCACCAGAUGUCUCAGCCGAGAAAGACAAAACAGCAUCAGAUGUUUUGAGGAAUAGCGCGGGUGCACCAGCCAAAAAAGGCGAUACGGGGAAAUAUUACUGCGGAAGGUGGGUGCUAACGUGCCGAUGUUGUGACGGAUAUUGUGGACCAGACAACGGGUGCAAUUGUAAAGCUUGUCGGGAACUGGACAAAAAUGAGAAUAUCAAACAACGAAAAGACACACGAGAAGUUCUGAGGAAUAGUGCCGGCGAGCCAGUCAGAAGAGGUUCUACCGGGAAAUAUUACUGCGGGAGGAGGGUACUGUCGUGUCGAUGUUGUGACGGACAGUGUGGACCAGACAACGGCUGUAAUUGUAAACCUUGUCAGCAACUGGACAAAAAAAAUGCCAGGCAACGGGGAGUCCAUGUUGUGUCGCACGGGAAUGGUCGUGUCAACAGAAGAGGCGCUGUAGCGAAAAAAGGCGAUACGGGGAAAUAUUACUGCGGUAGGAAGGUACUGAGAUGUCGAUGUUGUGAUGGAUACUGUGGACCAGACAACGGCUGUAACUGUGAACCUUGUCAGGAACUGGACUUAGAAGAACAAUUUAGAGGUCUUGUAGAGAUACCUGAUAUUUUACAUGGGUUCAGAAGAGGCACUCGAUUUCAACGCUGGUAAACGGGAAACAUCGUUGCUGCAGGAGGAUGUCCAGUCAUUCUUACCAUGGAUAGUGUUGACCAAAUAACAAGGACAAUUUAAAAAAGUCAACGUUACAAGAAAUAUUUUGCAUGUUGUUCCCCAAAGAUCAAUAAUAAUUUUUUUUAGAUGCUUUUGAAAUGGGUCAACUUUUGUUUACUAUCAGUGUAUUUUGCUGUGACGGUUAUAGGGAUGCAUGACAAUUGUAAUAUGUUAAAUGUCUUAAUUAUAAUACCAUAAACGAAGGUCAAAUGUUAGUUCCAAAUUGUUUACCAUUGAAAUCUUAUUUAGGAAUCCGAGGAAUCAAUUCAAUGAAGUGAUACAAGAACCUGAAUCGGGUACUGGGGGUAUUUUCCCUUGUAAUGUUACAGCACAUGUAUAUAUGUAUAUUAUAUAUGAAAUAUGUAACCUAUAUAAAUUUUAAGCAGAGUUCUGUUGAAAGAAAUAUGUUUGUAUAAAUUUACAAUAAAAAACAUAAGUUAAUACUG